AUGGAAGAGCAUGCCUUGCGUACUUUCAUCCUGGUUGAACAACUUCUGGUCGACUCGUCGAUGAUCGUGACGAUGGUCCUGGCUGUCGCUGCGUCCAAGGAGGACAGCAAAAGCCGGGACAAACGACAGCAAGUCGCUUUUUAUCCCAGACGAGGAGGCAGACCACCACCGUAUGCCGUGCAAAUGGAACCCAUUGUACAAUAUUCCCAAAGAGAUCCUCUCUACAACGCUCUGGCACACUCGAAGAGCGACGACGGAGGUCUCUACGAGGAGGCACCAGCGAAUUAUUAUCCAACGGAGCCGGAGCCCAUAAUCGAGAUCAUCAUUAAGGAAUCGAACGAUUCGCUUCCAACCCCGGUACCACCGCCGCCGCCGUCUCAACCGCGACCUACGAAGGAGCCGAUCCAGGUGUUCUACGUGAAAUACGAAAAGAAAAAGGGUUACGGAGACACGAAACCCCGAGUCGUGUACGACCCACCGAUACCAGCCCUAACGCCGGUCGAAGAACACGAAGAGGUUCCUGCGGAGGGACAUUCCGAACAUUCGGCACCCUACGAAGAAUCCGUCUCGUCGGCAACGCCUCCGCCCUCGGAACCAUCCACGACCCUGAGGACAAUUAUCCGCCCCGAUAGCGAGGUCUACCAUGCUGGCAGCAGCGGCAUCAGGGUUACUUUUGGCACGGAACAAGUACCCCCGAAUAAUCACAACAAAAGAAGCGACCACGAACAGCCGACUCACAGAUCAACGCCACAACCACCUCUUGGACCGACAAGUUCUUCCAAGAGGCAGCAUGGUCCUUACCAGCCAAUUCAGCCACUGCCGAGAGUGCCUCCAGCUUUUCCUCAGCAGAGAAUCGUUAAUUCUUUCCCCCAGCAGCAACAGCAAUUGCCAAAUUUCGGAGCCCAGACUCAAUUCCAAACCCCUCCACAGAUAAGGAACCCCUCACAGAGGCCUCAAAGAUUGCCCAUUACUAUUCAGGGAUUACCGGAGGUGCAGCAAAGGGUUCCCUAUAAUUCUUUCGGUCCUCCUCAUCGGGUGAACGUGAAUCAUCCUCAGCAACCAGGAUUUCCCCCUACGCUUUCGGUAUCUCAUCAGAGCGUGCACUUGCAGAACCAGCCCCAGGGUCACGGUGGUUUCCACUUGGAACAUCAACAGCAGCAGCAGCAACAACAGCAACAAUUUAAUGCGUACAAACAACAGGAGCAGGAAAAGCAGAGGUACCAUGAACAGCGCCGUCAGCAGGAGUUGAUAAAACAGAGAGAACAGCAGAGACUCCAGCAAGAGCAGCACAGGCAACUAGAACAGCAAAGGCAACUGGAGCAACAGAGGCUGUUCGAACAACAGAAGCAGCUGGAACAACAGCGAUUAGCGGAACAACAGCGAUUAGCGGAACAACAGCGAUUGGCGGAACAACAGCGAUUAGCGGAACAACAGAGGCAACAGGAACUGCAAAUAUUCCAGGAACAGCAAAGACGAAAACAAGAGGAACAGAAGCAGUUGCAGGAACAACAGUAUCGUCAGCAAUUGAAGUACAACCAGCAACCUCAGCAUCUACCGCAACAACAGAAUCAGCCCCAGAUUCAACAGCAGCUGCAACCACAGUCGCAAUCGCAGAUCCCCUCUGGAGAGAUCUUCAAAGCCGUUCCAAAAUUGGAACAACAUUACGCGAUCAGAGAAAAUCCUCUGCACCCAGGACCAUUCCCUCCCAACCCUCAAAUUCAACCAACGCAGUUUCCUGAUCACUCCCCGAGUCAAUACCGUCCCGAACAUCAACCGAACACCGUGGAGAAUCAACCGUUCCCUCGAAGUCCCCAGAACCAUUUCUCCACCGUCGGUAUCCAGCAACACCAGCACCAUUCGACCGCCCCGAAGCAAAAUCCCUACCAGAAUCAGCAGCUCUUCUUCUCUCAGAACCUCCCAACUCCCCAGCAACACAGCGUACCAUCGUCGCCUGUACAAUCCAUAUGGGGUAGGCCGGUGUUCCAGAGCAACAACCUGAGUCCUGGCCAGAAAAUCUACGCAACCCCGGUGAGUAAUUCCGAGGAGAUCAGUUCGCCAGCAACGACGACGACUUCGAGACCGUCCACAAGGUUCUCCAGCACCCCGACUACACCCGUCACCACCCCAACACCGAGCACGACGACCACUAUCUCCCCGAAAAACGAAGCCAGGAUCAAGGAGAACAUCGCCAAUCUGCCGGAGGAAGUGCCCGACGACAUUCGCGAGCAACUUCUGAGUUCCGGAAUCCUCGGGAACGCCGACAUUCAGAUCUUGGACUACGACAAAGUCGGAGACAUCCCGAUAGAGAAUCUGCCACCGGAGGCUCUCGCUAAUUUUUACAGCGCCGGUGGUCCAGCCGCUGCCGGUAGUGCUCCCGUUCCCGUUGUUGCGAAGAGGUCGAAGAUCAGCGAGAUCCCACCGGCAAAGAAAGCCGAUUCCGGGAACGUCGACGUAGAGCAAGCCACACUGAGACCUGGCGGGGUGGAAAUGAAAGUAGUACGCUUCGAUCCGAAUACGGCCCACGGUCAGGCCAUAGCCGAUCAGCACAUUCGUGAGGAUGCCACUCGGCUGAAACCGGUCACAGUGGGCGCGAAGGAUGGGUCUCGGAACCAGUACAAUCGCUACUUGCCUCUUAAAGUCAGCGGGGCUUCCUUCCCCAUACCAGACGUGCCCGAGCUCAACGGGAAGAGGAUCUCCAGCGUCGUCGUGCUAGCCCCGGUGGACUACAACUUUCAACCCGACAAGGAGGGCGACAGAGACGGCAGGAAGAUCGGGGAUGUACAAGCGGUCAGAUUCCUCGCAGGUGACUCAUUAAAGCAACUCGUUAAGAAGCCGAAUGCCGAGAAUUACAAGAAGUGGCUCGAGCAGGAGAGAAGGACGGAUCCUCUCCGACAGUCGGUCGUGUUGCUCGUCGCUACACCGAAGAACGACGCCCAUGGGGAAAAGGAAAUAUUUAUGUACGACGUUAGCUCCCAAGCGGUGAGCAGAUUGUCCGGAGAUCUGUCCUCGGCGUUCGUGGAUGCUGCAGAGAGCAACUCCGACAGCUCGGAUUCUAUUGGAGAUUUCACCGUCACAAGUAAUUGAGGCAACCAUGUGAUCAUGCCUGAAGGAACGACGAAUAUUUCGCGUGCCAAAAACAAAUGGAACUUGCAU